AUGGCCUCUGCACGCUCUCUGAUGCGGCUGGGCUCUGGCCGUUCUCUGGCCGUCUCCCGGGGCGUUCGCGCUUUCACCACGACCCCUCUGCAGUAUUCUGCGAAGCUCUCACCCACGGAGCCCGAUGUCCCCAACAUGCGCUCGGCGCAGCGUCCGCCUGGUGGCCCCCUCCGCGCCCCCGUGGUGAACCCUGCCGACAAGCACCUCGAAAAAGCCGAAAGCCUGCACAAAUACGGACAGUACAUCAUGUCGUGUCUCCCGAAAUACGUCCAGCAGUUCUCCGUGUGGAAGGACGAGCUGAUUGUCAACACCGCCCCCACCGGUCUGAUCCCCAUCAUGACCUUCCUGAAAUACCACACCGCGGCCGAAUACACCCAAGUCUCCGACAUCACCGCCGUUGACUUCCCGACGAAGGACAACCGCUUCGAAGUCGUCUACAACCUGCUCAGUGUCCGCUACAACUCGCGGAUCCGCGUCAAGACCUACGCGGACGAGGCGACCCCCGUACCCAGUGUGACGGGCUUGUAUGAGGGUGCGUUGUGGUACGAGCGUGAGGUGUAUGAUAUGUAUGGUGUGUUCUUCACUGGACACCCGGAUCUGCGCCGGAUUAUGACCGACUACGGUUUUGAUGGUCAUCCGUUGCGAAAGGAUUUCCCGUUGACCGGGUAUACCGAGUUGCGUUAUGAUGAGGAGAAGAAGCGGAUUGUCAUUGAGCCUCUUGAACUUACGCAGGCGUUCCGGAACUUUGAGAGUGGAACGACAGCAUGGGAGCCUGUUGGACCUGGCCGUGAUGACAAGCCUGAGUCGUUCAAAUUCCCCACUCCCAAGCCCGAGGAGAACCCCGAGGAAAAGAAAUAG